GCUUAUGUAUAGGGCAAACUCCCUCAGUGAGAAGAUCUACAUCUAACUGAGGCAGCACAGGGCAGAGUCCAGGACUGGGCAGGAUGAGGACCAGCACCAGAAAUAUUUGGUUGUGCCUGCAUGUCAUGUGCAUCAUGGAUGUUGGCUCGAGUCCGUCCUCCAAGCUGGCCUUCACCCAGUCUGAAGUGGGUCUGGACACAGUACUGCCCUGCAGGUGGCACCGGCACGAGAAGCGCCCGUCCGAGCUGCCGUACAUCCAGUGGCAGACCAUCAGCGACGUGGUGUUCGAGCGCAUGGGUCACGAGAACUUCCAGGCGGCGGCGUACAGUGGGCGCGCCGACGUGCCCGAGGGGGUGCUGGAGCGCGGCAACUGUUCCCUGCUCCUGAGGGACGUGCGCUUCAGCGACGCCGGCGUCUACGAGAGCUACCUGGUGGUCAACGGUGAGAGCUACAAGAGAAGGAUCUUCAUCCAGAGUGUCCAGCUCUCGGUCCUGGAUCAUAAGAGCGAGCAGGCUGUGGAGAAAGGGAAGGACCUGACCCUGGACCUGUACACUGACCAGGCUGAGGUUGUGGUGUUCCAGAGCUCCGAGGCCUCCAUGUGGACCCAGCUGUGGCAGCGCAGUAGAAGCGAAGAUUCCCUCGACCCCCGGGUGGAGGAGGGAAACAGGAAGCUGAUCAUCAGGACUGUGAGAGGGAGAGAUGAAGGAACGUACAAAGUGAUGGAUGGAGAAGGUCUCGCCCUGAGCACCGUCAAGGUUUCAGUCAAAGAACCUGUUCUACCCACAGAAGCAGUGAAGGUGGAAAAGCGUGUUGGACACAGAAACCACAUUGCACCUGACAGCAGUGUUGGGAGAAACUCUGUCCAUCUCUCCACCUUUCUCCUCCUGAUGCUGCCGUACCUCCUCUAACAUGAACCUGAUCUCCAGCAUGAACGAUGCUCUGAUCGUUACUCCUCCGGGGUCCUGCAGCGGCUCCGAACGCACAGGGUUCCCAGCACCGGUCACACUCGGGGUAUGAUGGAGCAGAUACCUCCUGAGUAAGGUGCUGGAACCCCUCACUGCUCCAGGGAUGGUGCAAUAUGGCUGUCCUGACUACUGACAUCUGAUAAUAACAAAUAAUUAUGAUUAUAUAAAGCAUGUAUGAUUAUUUAAUCUGUCUUUCAGUGUUAACAAUCAUGUUUCUAGUGUGGACGGGCUGAGUCAUUAAUUCUUUAUCUGUAGCUAACUGUAGGGUCAGCAGCCUUUAUGUCCAGUAGUUUGGCUUUAAUGCACUAAGCACUUUUAAUCGUUUGGUAGUAAACAGUUUGGUAGUGUUAGUUAAACAAACUAUUGAGUCCCAAAGCCUAAGCACUCCAGUUUCUUAAUGACUUUUAGUGUCUAGGGAAAGUCAUUGUAAAAAUGGGCUAUAAACUGCCAGUCGAAAACUG